GAACCGACGCACAGCUCCUCUGCUCUCAAACCCUCUCCAAGCAAUGAUUGCCAAGCCUUGUGGCUCCCUAGCAGUGCAACUGCUCAUAUGUUGCACCUUGAUGCUGGUCUUUGCCGACCCUGUUGCUCCAGCCCCUGCUCCUGCUCCAGCUCCGACGACUCGAAGCUUCAGGUGGGACGUCGAGUACAUUAUGUGGGCGCCGGACUGCCAACAGAGUGUGAUGAUCGGGAUCAACGGCAAGUUCCCCGGGCCGACGAUCACUGCCAACGCCGGGGACAGGAUCAGUGUGGAGGUGACCAACAGCUUGCACACCGAGGGGCUCGUCAUCCACUGGCAUGGAAUUAAACAGAUUGGGACGCCAUGGGCUGAUGGAACCGCAUCGAUAUCCCAGUGCCCUAUCAACCCGGGGGAGACGUUCACCUACGAGUUCGUGGCUGACAAGCCGGGAACGUUCUUCUACCACGGCCACUUCGGGAUGCAGAGGGCGGCGGGGCUGUACGGGUCGCUCAUCGUAAACGGCACGGAUGAGCAGAAGGAGCCCUUCGCGGACGAGUACGACGGCGAGCUCAACAUGCUGCUCAGUGACUGGUACCACGAGAACGUCUACGCGCAGGCGGCAGGGCUCGACGGCAAGGACAAGCACUGGCAGUGGGUCGGUGAGCCUCAGACAUUGCUGAUUAACGGGAGGGGGCAGUUCGAUUGCUCUCUGGGAAUAAACCGUGACCGCAGAGCCUGCGACAGGAGGAAGACGGACGCGUUCUGCAAGGAAGAGGACAAGAGCGAGAGGUGCGAGCUGAUCAGGAGAAGCGAGUGCGGGCCCUUCUGCGAGGCGAGCCAGUGCGCUCCUGUGGUCUUCGACGUGCAGCCGGGGAAGACGUACAGGGUCAGGAUUGCCAGCACCACCUCACUCUCGGCUCUCAACGUGCAGGUUCAAGGGCACAAACUGACGGUGGUGGAGGCCGACGGGAACUUUGUCGCGCCGUUCGACGUCGACGACAUCGACAUCUACUCCGGCGAGAGCUACUCCGUCCUCCUCAAGACGGACCAGAGACAGUUGCCCUACUGGAUCUCCGUCGGCGUCAGAGGGCGAAAGCCCAAGACGUUGAAUGCCCUGGCCAUCCUAAACUACACCAACAGCAAGUCCGGCUGGCCGGCGGGCGUGCCUCCGGCGACCCCAGCCUGGGACAACGUGACACGCAGCAAAGAGUUCACCUACAAGAUCAAAGCACGGGCGGGCACUGUCCGGCCGCCUGAGGCCGUGGACCGGCGGAUCGUCAUGCUCAACACGCAGAACUGGGUCAAGGGCCACAUCAAGUGGGCCAUCAACCACGUCACCCUUUCGCUCCCGGCCACCCCGUACCUCGGCGCCUACUACUACGGCAUCGAGGCCAUCGCGUUCGACGCCACCGCUGAGUCGCCGGACACCUACGACCAGAGCUACGACAUCGAGAAGCCGCCGGAUGCACAGGCCCCUGAGGCUCAGAGUCCGACGGCGGUCAGCGACCGGGUGUACAGGAUCACGCACGGCACCGUCGUCGACGUGGUCCUCCAGAACGCCAACGCGCUCGAGAAAGGCGUGAGCGAGUCGCACCCGUGGCACCUGCACGGGCACGACUUCUGGGUGCUGGGCUAUGGCGACGGCCUCUACAACCACGACAGGGACUCGAAGGCGCUCGACACGGAGAGCCCGCCGCUGCGGAACACGGUGGUGCUGUUCCCGCACGGGUGGACGGUGCUCCGCUUCGUGGCGGACAACCCAGGCGUGUGGGCGUUCCACUGCCACAUCGAGCCGCACCUCCACAUGGGCAUGGGCGUCAUCUUCGCCGAAGGGAUGGAGAAGCUGCGCGAGCUCAACGUGCCGAGGGAAGCCAUGAUGUGCGGGCAGGCCACGAAGGCGGUGGUCCCGCUUGCUCCGGCCAUGGCGCCGUCGCCGCCGUCCCCGUGAUAUGGAAACGUUGGAUGGUUUCCUCGCAUGCCCGUUCCAGUACACACUAGUAUAUGCAGUGAACAAAUAUUAUUGUGCACGUAUAUACGACUGUCAUAUUGGUAAGCUAGGAGCUGUGCUUGUGGAGUGCAAAGUAAAGCCAUUAGAGAUGUGAUUACAAUAUGAGAUGUAACAAUGUGGUUAAGAUUAAAUAAAUUUGCUACUGUAUGUGAUAAGAUA